AUGCCAAUGCGUAAAUGGUAUAUUAUAUUUUGUAAUCAAGAUAAUCUUAAUAAAUAUUCAUUAAAUGAAUUUACUUUACAUGCUCAAGGUAAAAUUGAAAUAGAUUAUAAACAACAAAAAUCAUUAACAAUACCUGAUAGAUGGACCAUACAAGAUAUACGAAGUGCUUAUGCACAUCUUCCAGCACGUGCUUAUCAAUAUGGAUCUAGCUUUGGAAAAAUCAAAACAUUACGUGGUACUUCAACUACAAUUAUGAAAUGA